AUGGCGAGCCAUCAGCGUCGGAGGUCUUCAAUUGAUCGCGCUUCAAUCAAUGCGAUAUUGACAUCGGGGGAGCCGGGGCAACCAGCCGCGCCUCCUAGUCCGCAUGUUGGAACUUCUCCCAAUAGAGCAUGCUUUGCAAUGUCACCACCACCUCGUCCGAUCACGAAUCAUGCUCGGGCAUUGUCCUAUAAUCCACGAAAACCAAAUCGACUUUCGUUGAGCUUUCCCGUUGCUCCCAGCACAAACGCAAGCGAAUCUGCGAGACCAACACCUACCUCCUCGAAUGUGCCCUCCUUCCCUCCCACACCUGCAGAAAUUGUACCAACACCGUCCCCGAAUGAUCCGAGCGGUUUCCUUGUCGCUCUCGCGAGCCAGGAAAGAAAGGUUCUCGAGCUGAAGGAAGAAUUAGAAAGAGCAGAGAAUGAGCUCAAGCAUCUGAAGAAACAAUGGGCCGUCCACGAAUCACACAAGAAGAAGGCAGAGAUCAGACAUGUUGAGCCAUUAGUUUCUCUUUCAGCAGUAGCCACGGAAAGUGAGAGUGGAGAUGGCACUGCUUCGACACGCCAGAGUGCUGAACUGGAUAGGAGGAAGGCACUUCUCAGCAAUCUCAACAUUCCAAAAGAGUCACGAAGAAAAUUCUCAGGAGCACAUACCAGGACACUAAGUCUCCUAUCACCAGAACGAGCGAACUUCAAAGAGCCUCGUCCUUUCUCGCCUGUACACGAGUCCUCGUUUGAGCACCAUGGUCUGAGUAAAAGUACGACCAUGCCAGAUACUAGCCAAGGCAUUACAAGAGUAUCUUCCAGUCGUGCCAAUCAUAGACACUCUUACCAGAGUGGUAUGACUCAUGGUGCGAAACAGAUUGCCGAAGAUCUGAAAGCUGGCAUGUGGACUUUCUUGGAGGAUUUGCGGCAAGCCACGGUUGGAGACGAAGCGGUGAAUGGCACAACAACUCGUUCGGCGGUGGACGCGCCCAAUGCUACCGGUACACCUCGAAGAAGCAGUAAAGGAAACCUGCUCAAUAAUGGAAAGCGUGGACAAUCACCACGAGGAUCAUCGCCUCGCACUUGGGACUCGCUGACUGGGAAUAACUCACUUCUGGAUACUGCUAAUUCUCUGUGGUCGGAUGCCGACCCUUUGACUCCCGCAUCAAAAACACCACUUGUAAGCAAAAAAACUCGAUCGAUAUCUCUGGCCGCUCCAGCCCUUGAUGAUCUAGAUGACGACUGGUCGAAUUGGGAUUCUCCUACACCAAAGUCGCCACGAUGGAGUGCAAGCACGACACUUUCAGAACCGGAUCCAGCCACACCCUCAAGUCACAAUACAGAAGAUCGCAAUGUCAAAAUUAUGCCCAACGAAACCGAUACACCAUCAAAACGAGAUGAUGAGAUACAAUGGCCAGCCUUGGAUAAGCUAAGCCCCGGCGCAAUAAAAGGUAAUCUACAGCGUACGAUGUCGACUAUCAUGAAAGAAUGGGAGAAGAGCAUCACACCCCCUCCUGAGCGAAAAGAAGAUCCACUUGCCAAAGCUGGAAAGGAGGAACGAACAGACUCAGCGAGUAAUCACGAUGAUCUCGUUUUGAUGUCUCGAUAA